GAAAAUCAAAGUAAAAAUAUCAUUAAUUUAAAUAAGUAAAUACUAAAUAAAAAUUAAUUGUAUUUCGAAAAAAAUAUUGAAUUUGAAAAAUAAAUAUAAAACUUGGAAAUUUAAGACAUGGAAGAAGUCGAUGUUAUUAUCCUAAUAGAGAAAUUUUCAAAGCUGAAUAAAAAACUGACAAAAUAUGGAAUUCUAAAAAAUUAAAAUGGAGAUUUCGAAAUUCGAUUUAUAUCAAAGAUAAGGAAGACUUAGAAAUAAAAAUUACGAAGUUCUUAAUAAAGAACUUGAUUAUGAAAACUUUGAAAAUUAGAAUAAUUAUUGAGUCAAUUAUAAUGGAGAGUUUAAAAAUCAUAACAUGGAUUAAGUAUUCUUAUUUUGUCUAAUAGAGAAAAAAAAUUAGGUUCUUUCUAAAGUGAAAAGGUUCAUGGAGAAGAAACAUUUUAUAAAAAAAAAGAGCUAUUGAAAUUGGGUUUUAGUAAAUUAAUAAAUUUAUUGG